AUGUGAUUAAAUUAUAUUUUUGUCAAAAUGACCAUAUCACAAAAACGAAUACCAAGAUGAACACUGUGCAGUCAGGCUUGUUUUAAUAUUUGUUCUGAGCAAACUUCCCUAAGAAGCUGUCGUACCACUCCCAGUCCCACCCAGUCUUUUGUCAUCAUGUACGUACAUAAUCUCCUCUGUAAACUCAUGGCUCCGUUUGAAACACGGAACUAGACAUGAAUGGGUAUUGGAUAGGGUAUGUCGUGAUCAGUAAAGCGCAAAUGUCUACAGUCAUCCAGACAUGGACAGGUGACAGUCCUUGGUUAGUUUAGGCGUUGGGAGUGUAAUCUGUCCAUUUAUUUUUUAUAGUCUGCCUGUCGGUUUCUAUCGGGACUAAUCAUGUUGUCAUUCGGGAAAAUGCGUAAACGCAUCGAGCCGGUGGUUUUAUGUGCCCAAAUAGCCAGCGCGUUUUUCGACACCGGUUUGCAGAUGGUGGUCAAGGAGAGAUGCGCCAACAUGACCGACGCGCUCUCGCCCACCCCCACCGAAGACAGCCGGCAGAAAGCAAUGUCCAACUUCUACAUGAUAUAUAAUAUGCUGGCCAAAUUCGUACCGAUCCUACCCGCUAUUCUUUUAGCCAAGGUAGGGGACCUGGGGUACCGGAAAAUCCCCAUCGUGAUCCCUUUGGUGGGUUACCUGGUCUCCAGAGUGGUCCUGCUCCUGGUCAUAGUGAUGGAUCUCCCGAUACAGGCUAUGUUCGGCGGGGUGGUGGUCCACGGACUCAGCGGCGGGUUCUGCUCCUACUGGGCCGGGGUCAUGGCCCUGGUGUCGCUCACCUCCACCGAGGAGGACCGCUCUCUCCACAUGAUGCAUAUCGAACUGGUCUACGGAGUAGCCGGUCUCAUCGGUAGUCUAGCGUCCGGGCACCUCUUCCAGUUGUACAGUGUGGAUUUUAAACAAGGGACUCUGUUAGUGAGCCUGAGUGUUUUCCUCUACUUUUUGUGUCUUAUCUACACAACCUUCUUCUUUCUAAUGCCAAGUUUCUCGACAAGCGCGCACGAGCGCAACGAGACCAAUGGCUUCGUCACUGAGCGAAAUUCCAGGAAUAUAUUGAACAUUCUGCUUCUCUUCGCGAGCGGUAUUUUAUAUGACGUGGCCGUCGGAGGUGGGAUGGAGAUACUGGUGACCUUUGAGAUGAAGGAGCCCCUGAACUGGAGUGCUACACAGGUAGGUUACGGUAACGCCGCCGGGUUCGUGGUCUUCCUGACGAGCUUCCUGGGUGUCAUGGUAAUGUCCAGAUGGGUGAGUGACGUCACCCUCAUCAUCAUCGGCAUGGUGUCCUUCGCUGCCGGGAUCUACUUCAUGGCCUUCGUCACGGCAACGUACAUGUUCUAUCUGGCUCGAGCCCUGACCCUGUUCGCUCUGAUUCCCAUGCCAACCAUCCGGGCUCUGCUCUCUAAACAGGUGAACGGCUCAUCGUACGGGAUCACCCUCAUCUCACUGCAGCUGUCCUUUAAGAUCGCCAGCCUGGCCUACACUCCCAUCUACACCAAGGUGUACCAGGCUACCCUGGACUGGUUCCCCGGGUUCGUCUUCACCCUGUCCAGCAUUAUCACCGUCCUGGCCACCAUACCUGUCAGGUACGUUAUGACAUCAUCAGUCCUGGCCACCAUACCGGUCAGGUACGAUAUGACAUCAUCAGUCCUGGCCACCAUACCUGUCAGGUACGAUAUGACAUCAUCAGUCCUGGCCACCAUACCAGUCAGGUACGAUAUGACAUCAUCAGUCCUGGCCACCAUACUAGUCAGAUAAGAUGUGACAUCAUCAGUCCUAGCCACCAUACCUGUCAGGUACGAUAUGACAUCAUCAGUCCUAGCCACCAUACCUGUCAGGUAAGUCGUGACACCAUCAGUCCUAGCCACCAUACCUGUCAGGUAAGAUGUGACAUCAGUCCUAGCCACCAUACCUGUCAGGUAAGAUGUGACAUCAUCAGUCCUGGCCACCAUACCUGUCAGGUAAGAUGUGACAUCAUCAGUCCUAGCCACCAUACCUGUCAGGUAAGAUGUGACAUCAUCAGUCCUAGCCACCAUACCUGUCAGGUAAGAUGUGACAUCAUCAGCCCUAGCCACCAUACCUGUCAGGUAAGAUGUGACAUCAUCAGUCCUAGCCACCAUACCUGUCAGGUAAGAUGUGACAUCAUCAGUCCUAGCCACCAUACCUGUCAGGUAAGAUGUGACAUCAUCAGUCCUGGCUACCAUACCUGUCAGGUAAGAUGUGACAUCAUCAGUUCUAGCCACCAUACCUGUCAGGUUAGAUGUGACAUCAUCAGUCCUGGCUACCAUACCUGUCAGGUAAGAUGUGACAUCAUCAGUUCUAGCCACCAUACCUGUCAGGUUAGAUGUGACAUCAUCAGUCCUAGCCACCAUACCUGUCAGGUAAGAUGUGACAUCAUCAGUCCUAGCCACCAUACCUGUCAGGUAAGAUGUGACAUCAUCAGUCCUGGCCACCAUACCUGUCAGGUGAGAUGUGACAUCAUCAGUUCUAGCCACCGUUUUUUACCCUGAGUCUCCACUUGCCUUGAACUCACUGAAGUGGGAGAGUUCCCAGUUCCCAGUUGAACACGGCACCAGUACGGGGUUACAAAGAACAUUUCCAAUACUUGUUACACGGUACAAGAAUAAUGACAGAAAUAAGGACCCUGUCCUGUAAAGCGUCACCACGAUUCCUUUGUACGAUGUUUCUCUCUCCUCCAGCAUGGUGGGCUGCAGAUCUGGCCGGGCUGACGGUUACGAGAGGAUCCUGGGGAACUGACGGUUACGAGAAGAUCCAGGGGAACUGACGGUUACGAGAGGAUCCUGGGGAACUGACGGUUACGAGAGGAUCCUGGGGAACUGACGGUUACGAGAGGAUCCUGGGGAACUGACGGUUACGAGAGGAUCCUGGGGAACUGACGGUUACGAGAGGAUCCUGGGGAACUGACGGUUACGAGAGGAUCCUGGGGAACUGACGGUUACGAGAGGAUCCUGGGGAACUGACGGUUACGCGAGGAUCCUGGGGAACUGACGGUUACGAGAGGAUCCUGGGGAACUGACGGCGGCGACGAUGUGAUUGUGACGGUUUUGAGAUUGAGCCAGGUUAAUGUCCUUGGUACCGCCAUCACAGGCCCUCCUCGCCGUCUCUGUGACACUGGAGCCAAUGUCAGCAGCACUUACCAUGAAUGCAAUCGCUGCAAAAACGUCUUUAGACCAGAGCCCUGACGGCAUCUUUUGAAUGAAUCCCAGGCCUGAGCCCAAUCAACAUGUCCAACACAGGCCUGAUACAGGGCUGAUACAGGGCACUAUUGAAAACACUGGCAUUCUCUAGAGCCCUCAAAUUCUGGACCUCCAAGCCAGUUCGAUGUUCCCGUCACUGUGAAAGAACUCCGGUGAAACAGAGCUGAAUUAACUUGAAAUACUUUACUGUCACUUUUUAAUACAUAAUUUUUUUGCAUUUGAACUAAUUGUGUUCUUUAUUGUGUAUCAAAAGCAUUUGAGUGAACAGAUUAAAUACUUUUCUUUAUUGGUC